GUUGUCUGUUCAUAGCGAGGUGUACGAACAACCAGACGCAACUUGAGCAUCAUUAUAUAUGAGAUUUUAGCAAUAUGCAAUUUGUUUUUUUAAACUUCAACAUUUUCCCGGUGGAUUUGAGCAAGGGCACAUCUGUUGAUUUUGUGAAAGUUAAGUUUACUUAAAACUGAAAUUUCAUCAGUACUUACAUCGAUUCGUGAGAGUAUUGCUCAUCAUGUGGAAACUGCUGGCCUGUGUUCUCAUGGCCUCUGUGUUGCAGGCGCGUGAUCUACGGACGAGACAAACUAUAUGCCCAAAUGUGUGCGACCUGUCCCGCUGCUCAUCUGCUCUUGAGUCUUGUUAUUUCGGCGUGGUGAAGGAUAGAUGUGACUGUUGCACGGUGUGUGCUGCGCGAGAGGGGGAGUAUUGUGGCGAGCGCGGACAUGCAGUUUGCGGUCAGGGGAUGACCUGUGAAUAUAGCACCAGUGCGAUCGGCACGUGCGUGUGCGACGCCCGCGAUCCAGUGUGCGGUAGCGAUGGGAGAACAUAUCCCAGUAUCUGUCGACUGAAAGCUGAGAACAGACGGGCUGAGAUGAGCGGCAUACCUGCUGUCAUUUUCAUCCAGAGAGGCCCCUGCGAGACUGGCUCUCGAAAUCCAAACAGCAUGCGCUACAAAUUUAACUUCAUAGCAGAUGUGGUGGAUAAGAUUGCCCCUGCAGUGGUCCAUCUAGAACUGUUUACAAGGACUAUUCCCCCGAUGUUUCCUUCCAGACUUCCAUCUUCCAACCAAGACAUCCCCGUGUCCAGUGGUUCAGGGUUUAUAGUGUCAGAGGAUGGGUGGAUCGUCACCAAUGCGCAUGUAUUGUCCAAUAAGCAACAUAUCAAAGUGGAGCUGAAAAAUGGCAUGUUCUACGAUGCCACAAUCAAAGAUGUGGAUCAAAAAUUAGACAUUGCUCUUAUUAAGAUCGACUCAGAGACUCCCCUGCCUGUGCUUUUACUUGGUCGUUCUUCAGACCUGAGGCCAGGAGAGUUUGUAGUAGCCGUGGGAAGCCCGUUUUCCCUUCAAAACACAGUGACCACUGGUAUCAUCAGCACUACCCACCGAGGAGGUCAUGAACUUGGCCUGCAGAACUCUGAUAUGGAUUAUAUCCAAACAGAUGCCAUUAUAAAUUAUGGAAACUCAGGAGGACCUCUUGUAAACUUGGAUGGGGAUGUCAUUGGCAUAAACACGCUGAAGGUUACGCCAGGAAUAUCAUUUGCCAUUCCCUCGGACCGCAUACGGCAGUUCCUUGCAGACUCCUAUGACAGACAAAGAAAAGGAAGAAUGCAGACUAAAAAAAGAUAUAUAGGAGUGCGAAUGCUUCAACUUUCAGCUGUUUUGAUUAGGGAGCUCAAGGAGAAGGAGAGCAACUUCCCAGAUGUGAGCUCAGGGGUGUAUGUGUAUGAGGUUAUUCCAGGGACAGCUGCCUUCAGCGCUGGCUUGCUCAACCAAGAUGUGAUAAUCAGCAUUAAUGGACAAUCAGUGCAUUCUACAGAGGACGUGAGUCAGGCUGUGCAGUCAGACAAAGUUCUGUCUUUGGUGGUGCGACGUGCUAAUGAAGAAAUCACACUAACAGUGGUUCCUUAUGAAGUGGACUGAAUCUUGCUAGUUUUUAUCUACAUACCUCCAAACAAUAUAUUAUCCACAAAUGUGCAUUAUUUGAAAAGGGCAUUAUAUUAAUAGCGUACAGUAUCAUGAAAUGUCAAGGCCAAGUGAUGCGUUAUGAUAUGAAUACAAAAGUCUUUUAUUUUUAAGAUUUAUUGUUCUUCUGUAUAUAUUAUCCUGAUUGAGUGUAAUGUCAGUUUUACAUUGCCAAAUAUCAUUAGAUACUCAUAUACACUACUGUUUAAAAUUUAAAUUUAAAAUAACUGUUUUGCAUGUAAAUAUUCCUGAGAUGGCAAAACUGAAUUUUCAGCAGUCAUUACUCCAGUCUUUAGUAUCAUGUGAUCCUUCAGAAAUCAUUCUAAUAUGCUGAUUUGCUGCUCAAAAACAAUCUUUGUGUUUUGAGUGAAAGAGACUUGUAGUGCAUGUAAACACUGAAGCCAAUUAUCUGUCAGGCUGUAAUCCAUCACAUGGUCAACAUACACACCGUGUGCACUUACUUCCUGCUGCUUUCAAAUAUAAAAUCCUUUUCACUGCCAUGUACCAGUCAAACAAGUCUUUGCCACUACACAUCACAAAAAAAAAACUGAAUAACAAGCAAAUGUUGUUUUAAAGCAAUGCAUUUGGAUGUGUUGCAACAUAUCCCAAAGUGGUUAGAUUUUCAGCAGAUCAACAGUUCAUCAGUAAAUAAAUCAUAAAACACAUGCAAGCCAUGGAACAUGAAAGAGACCAUUUUUACAGUUUUUCAACCAAUUGUGUUUUGAAUGGUGUUUGAUAAAAGCCAGGGGAAUUCUGCCUAGGGAUGCAUGUUUACUAGUGUUUAUUAUUGUAUGUAUUUUUAAUUGCAAGCUGUUUCAUAACAUCUGUCUGUUGACAGCUCUUUGUAGGUAUUCAGUCUACAACGAGAUCUGUAUAAUCUCUGCAGCUGGUUUGACAGCAAUCCGGCCCUGAAAACUAAAACUUGAUUUGAUUUUAAACAUCAUUUUGUAAUUGGGAG